GGAUAUCAGCCGCCUGGUUCUCUUCCUCUUCCUCCUCUUCCGCAUUAUCUUCCUCGUUCUCCUCCUCCGUCCCCCCCUGCAAACUCAGAAAUGAGUAGCCAGGAAUUGUGACAUUGUCAUGCCGUCUCUGGCGCGACCCGCCUUCUUGCUCUCGUCUCUGCACAAGGUGCGGGAUGACCAGAGUGUGAGCCCGGACUAUCGAACGGACACUGAUCGAAUUUUCGCUUUAUCCGCCGCCCGAAACGAGUAUGAGAGCUUUCAGCUGGUAGUGCCUAGACCCAAGGCGGCCGAGGACUUGUUUGAUACGGUCGACGGCGUUCAGAUCGCAGCGUCAGAGGCUGGCGCUUCCUUCAAAUUUCUCGUGCACGGCGUGCGGUCCAUCAACAUUUCGCAAGUGUCGGACUGCGACGGCCGCGUGGGCAGAUGGCCAGACGCUCUCGUGCCUGCCGUGGAUCCCUGGUUCAACGAGACGCGGCGGGUGUUCCCGGCGCCGUUCUCCGGGAAUCAGUCCGCACUGACAUUUUGGGUGGAUCUUUUCGUAGGCCCCGACACGCCGGCCGGGUCGCAUGCGUUUCACGUACACUUGAGAGUGUCAUCCUCAGGCUUCAGCAGGACUCGGGGGCUGGAGAGCAGUCCAGCUGACAUCGAGCUGCCCUUCGUAGUCCGAGUGUUUGACUUCUCGUUGGAUUCGGAGCCCGCCUACAAGUCCUCAUACGGGCUAUCCAGCAUCGGGAUGCUAGUCGCGAGAUUCGGAGAGCAGUGGGAGAAGUACUGGCCCUCCGCAGGGCGAGAGAGCACCACCCAUGGUGAGCCUGACUCGGGUUCUACACUAGCUGCUAUGCAGCAGCAGUAUUUAGAGCUCGGACUGAUGCACAGGGUGAGCUUCACGCACGGUGUGAGGGACCCUGCUAUUCUGAAGGCGUUGGAGUCGGGUGACGCUGUGGAUUGGGCGCCGUACGAUCGACGGUGGCGAGAUCUUUUGGGAUCGAGCGGUCGCAAGCUGCCUUUUGGUCUCACAAACGCACGGCUGACCAGUGUGGAGUCUCCAGGCCCCGGAAGUCGAGUCGGAGCUGGGAAAGAUGCCGCUGCUGCCGUGCUGCCAACUGAGAGCCAGCCUGAUCCAAGUUCUGCUGAUAACAUCACUGUUGAAUUCUAUCGUCACUUUCUCCUUGACAGGGGCUGGCCCGCAGACCGAAUCCUAUCUAAAGUUUGCGACGAGCCUUCUAGCGCGCAGCAGUGGCAGGAGUGUGCGGAAACCUGUCGCGCCCUCAAAGCCGCUUUCGCAGACUCCGCUGACGCCGGGAAAUUGGCUUCUUCUCUCCGUUGCGAGGUCACUACGCACAUCUCGCAGCUGGAAGAUGAGCGCGGAACAAACUACUACACGAAUGGCAGCUUCAUACUGCGCUCUGAGGAGGUGGGCGUCUUCACGGCGCUUGUGAACUUUAUGGAGAGCAGUCGGGCGACGUGCGCGGACUACCCUCGGUGGUGUCUCGACCGAAACACGCGCCCCGAUUUCGAGAAAUGGAUGGCCGCAGAUCCACAGCGAGAGCUCUGGCUCUACCAGAGUUGCAUGAGCGACGGGUGCUCAUCAGGAAUUGGAAAAAGCGACGGCUGUAUCCCAGACAACACGUGUCGUCGUGGUUGGCCUUCUAUGAUGAUCGACAAUCCGCAUGUGACCAUGCACAGAGCCAUGCCACUGGUGACUCGCCACUACAACGCCUCGGGCGAGCUGUAUUGGAGCGUGAAUUUCGGUGAUUCGUGUGCGGCGGACAACCCGGCGGGAAAUUGCAGGUAUGAGGGGCGUCGUUACUCGCUGGACACUUGGUCGGACCAGCUGCUUCAGGGUGGCAACGGUGAUGGACAGCUGACUUACCCUGGAACUUUUGAGAAGAUCGGCGGCAGUCCGGAGACGUUUAUCCCAGUAGCGAGCAUCCGGCUCAAAGCGCUGAGGGAUGGCAUAGAGGAUUGGAUGUGGUUGCAGAAGUUGUCUGAGCUGUCGGGCGCAAGCAGUCGCCAGUUCUUGUCCCGAUUGGUGCAGAGUGGCUGGCGCUACGAGCUAAAUCCAGACGAGUGGUUGAAAGUGAGAGAUGAGAUAGGAAUGGAGAUCGAGUUUCGUCUUCGUGGAAGAGACACAGAGGUUUUCAAUUAGGAUGUUGGGUAUCAUUAUUGAAGGCGCCACUGCAGCUGCUCAGAGACAAUGUGGCCGUCUUACGGCGUUCAUGAAACAUCGGACACCGGGUUGGAAGAGGAGCCUCUCUAGACCACCUACGCCCGGAGGGCUGGUGUGAUUCUCGGGCUUGCAAGGCCGACGCACGCGAAACAACACGUCUCUGCCGCAGGACGUUGCGGUGGAAGGCCGACGGCACACAUUGGAUCCGAGCACCAACUGCGCUCAAGACCCUUGGGAGGCAGGUCUGUGGCCGUCCUGUGCCAACUCAGGGGACAGUUGUGCCCUGGGGGGCCGCCAGGGAGUCCGCUUCCCUCAUGCCCUCAUGUGGCCCUUCCAUGGGAAGCGGGUAAGGCUCGUGCUACGGACGAGUGCGUCUUGCCGUCGGUAGGAUCAUGCCUUUUCUAUUGCAAGCGUCGUUGACUGUGCCAGAUGCAGAAGAUUUACACAGGGCCAGACGGGGGCUUGCCAGUGGCACCGAGGCGAUUGAUUGGCAUUUUCAUUCAGACAUGGAAAACCGCAGGAGAUAUAGCCAACAAAAUCCGUUUUAGGAGCGUUUGGGGUACAGCCGUAGUCUUCAGGCGUUCGCAAGCAGCGGACUGGCAAUCGGAAGCUCCAGUCGUGGCAUCGUGAUGGCGUGUGUACGAUUGAUGUUGGAUGAGUGUAUACCCCAUGUCUGAGACAAACCACGUCUCCAUGCACAGAUGGCGUGUGCCCAGAGUUUCACGUGGUACGUAUAGCACGCGCACAUGUGCAACAUGCGUGCGCCCGUGCGUGCGAACAUUCCAGUGCGCAUGUGUUUAUGUGCGUACUUCCUGAGCGCAUCUGUAUGUUCGCAUGUAUGUAUGUCUCGCUACAUGCUGUUUCACAAUCUCAAGCUGUUUGGUUUGUCGCGCCCUCGCGAUCGAGGUGGCGCCAAGCAUGAUUCAGGCUACCCGCAAGUCGCGCAAAUCGCAGGGCAAGCUGCGGGCCGCGUGAGCGACAUCUGUUGCUCGUAGAAGCAUCCGUUAGUUGCGAACGCCUAGCCUGGUCCGCUAAGAAA